AUGAGCAGCAGGGUAUCGACUUGCCAGCUUGGUUUCCCCGGCACGAAGCUCAACUACGCCGAAAACAUCCUCUUCCCCCUCUACUCCGGCAACAGCACCGCCUGUGAGCCGAGCGCGCAGCGCACCAUGUAUCCUCCGGGCGCCGAGUCGCUGCUAAGGUUCCUGGAGGACUAUGGCACCGCCGACGCCGCCAUCGGGCGGCACCCGCACCCCAACUCGCACCGCAACGCAACGAUGACCGUGAAAAGUAGUGUGUCCCUCGUCAUCUUCCUCGCUGUCGGCGCCUUUUUCUCCGGCCUGGCGACCGACGCGGGGCACGAGUUGACCUACGGCCGUCUCGACCAGAUGCACCGUCGCCUGGUCUUAAUGGACGAGCGCGUGGAAUACGCGGGCAAAGCCAUCCAGCUCUGCCAGGGUGUCGCCGAACAGUGUCUCGCCUCCUUGGACCCUCCUGUGCCGCCCAACACGCCGCUGCCCUUCCGCACGCCGGCGAGCAUCGUGUUCCCCUCGCAGACGAUGUCGGAGCCCAAGUGCAUCACGCCCACGCACAGAAGCCUGCUGCUCGUGCAAGAGAACAGCAAACUCUUCAUCGAGCGUGUCCAGUCCGGCGAGGGUUCCGCGCAGAUCACGACGCGCAACUGA